GCAUCGGUCGGUUAUCCCCAUACAAAGCUGGCUCUGAUAACAAUAUGUUUUGACAGUACAUAAUAUUUUUGUCGAACAUGCCAACGAUGUUUCCAACUCUAAUAAUUCGGUGCGAAUGUGUUGAAACGUGAAUUGUUGUAUUGUGUUAUCCUUAACUACUUAAUCAACAUGAUAGAAAUAGUAGCUAAAUUGACUAAAGGUUCAAUAUAUUUUUCGGGUGAGGUUAUAGAGUGCUAUGUGACGUUCACAAAUCCAUUGAAUCCGAAUCAUCAAAAGUCUCAGAGUCACAGUGACGUCUUCGAGGGUCUGGCAUGGGCAAGUGCUCAAGUUCAUUGUCAAUGUUCCAUAAAUGCAAAAGCAGUUCUCACAGACAAAAUCAAUUUCACGAACCGAUUGGGAGCUAUAAAUGCGGACACAACGUUUGCACCUGGACAGCAGGACAACGGUCAUGCAGUGGUGAAUACAAAGCCAAAAAUUUUAUUCUGUGAUUUGAGAUUAUCUCCGGGGGAAAGUAAAACAUAUAUUUAUCGAGAGACAAUUCCAAGUGAAGCACCCCCUUCUUACAAAGGUCAUGCAGUGAAAUACUCUUAUAAGAUAACAGUAGGAACCCAGAGAGUAACAUCACCAAUAAAGCUCCUUCGUAUUCCCUUCAGAGUUCUCUCAUUAAGUGAAUUACCAGAAGUGGCUAUUUGCAAUGACAGUGUUGAUCUCAGUCCAAAUAAUCCCUUCAUGGAGACUCAGGAACGCGAAACACCACUGGACAUUGCUCUUCAAACACUUCAGAAUUUAACAGCAAGACGCAGUCCAAAUUUCUACAACAUAACAAACGGCCGAGGGCGAGUGGUUCGGUUCUGCCUUUUCAAAAACUCGUACAAACUUGGUGAAGACAUCGUAGGGACUUUUGAUUUCUCGAACGCGACAGUUUCUUGUGCUCAACUAUCAGUUUCAUUACAAUCAGAGGAGCACGUUGCCGAGGACUACAAACGAGGAAAAACUACUCCAACGUUGGUGAACUACAACAAGCACCACGAAGUGUGUCUGGGCUUGAAAUAUUCUCAACUGGUUCUUCCUAUACCCUUUCACGUCACUCCAGACUUCACCACUGAUUUCGUGAUGUUGAAAUGGCGGCUGCACUUUGAAUUUGUUACGACUCUGAAACUCCUGGAAACACCGCAGGAGAAUAUUACGCACUGGCAGGGACCAGCUAGUUUAGAUGUGGAGACUAUGAUCUGGGAUUUACCUUUACAUAUUUAUCCGUCCAUUGCACCUGUCAAUUCUAAUCAACAGAUUAAGUACAGCAUUACGAUUUAGGGGAGAAAGCGGUGGAAUUAUGAAAUUUUCAAUAAAUUUUGAACUGAA